CAAGCAGAGACCUUGGCCCACAAGCUCAUCACCACCGGACAAGAAGCAGUGGAGAAUUCCAAGCAUGGUUUUCGAGAAGAUCUUUACAAGAAGCAUAUUUCUGCUGAUCCCAUUGCUGCUCGGUUACCUUACGGUAUUGUUACGCAUUUAGUUUCAUUAUAUGGAUGGAAGAGGUUGGAACUUAACAAAUUGAUCAAGUUUACUGGUGUAACGCUGCCGGGCGUAGACAGUAUCCAUCGUCGUUCUUGGGUGGUGAUUCUCAAGGCCAAGUUCCUGCCCCCCGAUCUCGCGGCUGCCAUUCCCAAUGCGUCGAACAAAGGUAUCUUCUGCAAGGACCCUAAGUUGAAGGACGUUUUGAAGUCGGCACCUGCGGCGCUAGCGUUGUGGCAGAUACUCCACGGCUUCAUGCGAAAGCACACGAAAGAUGACAGUGAAGAUGAGAAACUGGCGAUGCGCAUAGCUGUUGUGAUGCUAGACAAUUGCAUCGACUCUGUCACGGUGGAGGAAUUCUCGAACAAGCUGGGCGUUGGGCUUGUGACUGACACGGUGGCGGGCAUUCAGAAUGGGAUCGGACAGAAGGGCAACAUUGCGUACAUGCCAGCAGCCUGUUUCCAGGGGACAAUGCAAUCGCUGGCUCCGACAGAGUGCGCGGAGGACAUCGUCAAGCUCCAGGAGAACAUUCUGUCGAGGGAUCUCGUGGACUAUGCCAUGGGA